AUGGAAUCCCUCUCAGACACAAAGUGGGAUGUAGUGAUCAGCGGCACGGGGCUCCAGCAAUCCCUUCUCGCCCUUGCCCUGUCGCGAUCUGGCAAGAACAUCCUCCACGUCGAUUCCAACGAGUACUAUGGCGAGGCUGAGGCUGUCCUGAGCCUGCAAGAGGUUGACGAGUGGGCGGCGAGGCGGCAAUCCGGCGACGGGGAUGGCGUUUUUGCAGCCGCAAAGGUGACUCGCUCCGACGACGCCGAAAGCUUGUCGUCGUCGAGAGGAUACAGCCUCGCCCUGGCUCCUCAGCUGAUCCACACGCGCUCGGAGCUGCUCUCCAAGCUGGUGUCGUCCAAAGCCUUCCGGCAGCUCGAGUUCCUCGCCGUCGGCUCGUUCUACAUCUUCCAGCCCUCCUCAUCCACAGACCCGGGUUCAGCCCCCAGCCUCCACCGCAUACCGUCCACCCGGGAAGACGUCUUUGCCAACACGACGAUUUCCGUCAAGGCGAAGCGGGGGCUCAUGAAGUUCCUCAAGUUCGUGCUGGACUACACUUCGGAGCCGCAGACGGACGUGUGGAAGCCGCACGCAGGCGACUCGCUGGCGAGUUUCCUUGCGGCCGAGUUCAAGCUCGACGCCGACUUGCAGGCAUACAUCAUCACCCUGACCCUCAGUCUCGACGGCAAGAUCACAACGGAAGCUGGCCUGGCCGCCAUCCACCGCCAUGUCACGUCCAUGGGCGUCUUUGGCCCCGGGUUCGCGGCGGUGUACCCCAAAUGGGGCGGCCUCUCUGAGAUUGCCCAAGUGGGCUGCCGCGCCGGUGCCGUCGGCGGCGCUGUCUACAUGCUCGGCGUUGGCGUCAAGGACGUCCAGAAAGCCUCCUCCGCGGCCGAAAUGCCCGAGGCCCUGGACAUUGUCCUGUCCAACGACAUGCCCAUCAAGUCAAAGACCCUGGUCAAAGGGCUGGGCCAGCCGGCGCGCGAAAGCCGCCGUCUGAGCAGGCUCACGGCCAUUGUCAACUCAGACCUGCCCUCGCUCUUUGAGGCCGUGUCCGAGGGUCCGACACCAGCCGUUGCCGUGGUCGCGAUUCCCGCUGGGACGCGCUUUGGCGAGGAUGGCGCAUUGACAGAGUAUCCCAUCUACGCCAUGGCUCAUUCGAGUGACACAGGCGAAUGCCCCCGUGGACAAUGCGUACUAUACCUAAGCACUCUCGCAAGCCCAAAUGCUCAAGCCCAUCUUGAACAGGCGCUCUCGUCUCUGCUGGCAUCGCUGGCAGUGCAAGGCCAGGCUUCUUCUCCCAAGCCGCUCUACCAACUGUAUUAUGAACAAUCCGGCUAUGAUACCCCAUCUGUAGACAUUGAUGAGCAGUCUGCCGUGUUUUCUCUGCUACCUCUGGACCUUGCCUUCAACGACUCUGUACUAGAUCCCGUGCGGAAAGCUUGGGAACUGGUCAUGCCCGAUGUGACGGAUGAGGAGGCUGCAGAGUACAUGGUAUUCACAGACCGGGAAGGCGCCGAUGCAGAAGAUGAGUUUGAUAAUUGA